AUGGGAGAAGUAUGCGAAGGGACGAUAACAGUAAAAAUCAAGGUCAAUAAGAAGGAACAGGAGCGAGCUGCUGCUACUGCUACUGCUGCUGCUAGGGAGUGCAUGGAGUCGAAGACAAGGUCAGUGGCGCCUCACUCUCACUGGCCUUCACUUUUAUAUUGGCUUCACUCCACUAUUGACACAGCUCGGGUGGGUACUCUUGCGCCAGGGGUACUUGUAGCAUCAGCAUCAGCAGCAGCGGCAGCAGGAGCAAAACCACUAGUAGGACAUUAA